UCUCUCUCUCAUCCCCAUUUCCACCAAAGUCCAGCUUUUUCAGUUCAGUCUAUGUUACUGGCUUUCCACGAUCUUUCAAGCUCUCUACAAUGGCGAUCAUUACCGAAGAAGAGCAAGAACCAGCACAACCCCCAAACCCCAAAACCUCACCACCACCACCACCACCACCACCGACCCACAAACAACCUACCUCCCAAUCAAACCCCUUCACUUUCUGGUUCUACUCCACCCUCACAGUCUCUCUCAUCACUCUCCUCUUCGUUUCUCUCUCUACCCUUUCCCCCCAAGACCCCAAAACCUGGUUCCUCUCUCUCCCCACCAAUCUCCGCCACCACUACUCCAAGGGUCGAACCAUCAAGGUCCAAACAAUCCCAAACCAUCCACCAAUUGAAGUCUUCACAAUCCAAGAUGGUCCACUCAAAUCAGACGCUAGUGUUCUCAUUGUACAUGGGUUGGGUUGUAGUUCUUACACUUUUCGCCAAUUAGUCAAGUCUUUGGGCUCCAAAGGCCUCCGUGCCCUCGCCAUCGAUCUGCCCGGUUCUGGGUUUUCUGAUAAAUCGAUGACGGUGAUGGAAGAGAGUGAGAGUGGGGGUUUAGAAAGGGUUUGGGAGCUUUACAGUGAUAUUAAAGAGAAGGGUUUGUUUUGGGGGUUUGAUCAGUUGGUUGAAAAGGGGUAUGUGAAUUAUGAAGCAAAUGAGAUUCGGGUUUCAAGGAGAGAGGUGGUUAAGGCAAUAGAAUUGGGGCCUGAAGAAAUGGGUAGGGUUUUAGGGCAAGUGAUUGAUUCUAUGGGAUUGGCACCUGUGGAUUUGGUUUUGCACGAUUCGGCUUUGGGAUUGGGCGCAAAUUGGGUGUUGGAGAAUUCGGGGUUGUUGAGGAGUGUGACCCUUCUUGACACCACUUCAAGUUCCCCAGCUUUGCCUUUGUGGGUAUUGGCAAUGCCGGUGGUUAGAGAACUUGUUUUAGGGUUUAGGUUUGUGUUUGUGAGGGUUCUUGAAUUGUUUUGUUCAAAAUCAGUUGGUGGUUUGGAUGUAGAGGCUCAUAGGAUUCUUUUGAAGGGGAGGGACGGGAGGAGAGCAAUUGUGGGAAUGGGGAAGAAGUUGAAUUGUAGUUUUGAUUUGGUGGAAUGGGGUAGUUCAGAGGGGUUGAAAGGUUUGCCAAUGCAAGUGAUUUGGUCCAGUGGUUGGUCCAAGGAAUGGAGUGAGGAGGGACACCAAGUUGCCAAUGCACUUCCAAGGGCAUCAUUUGUCACGCAUUCUGGUGGACGCUGGCCUCAGGAUGAUGCAGCGGACGAGCUAGCUGAAAGCAUUUCUCAGUUUCUGUCCACGUUGCCAAAAUCCGUUAGACAAAGUGAGGAAGAGCCAAUACCGGAGCAUAUUCAGAAGAUGCUCGACAAAGCAAAAGACAGUGAUCAUCACCAUCACGACGACCACCACGAUCAUCAUGGUCAUGAACAUGAUCGUGGUCAUGCUCACACUGCAGGUUAUAUGGAUGCGUAUGGGCUUGGUCAUGGAUGGGCAAGUUGAGUUCUUUUCAUUUAUAUGGCCAACGAUGCUUCGUGCGUGCUUUUGUGUUCGUAACAUUCUUCAAUCUUGGAAGUUUGGUAAUUCAAACAAAGCAGAGUGAGUUAGUUCUCUUGGAAGUAUGAAGUUGUGUAAUACCAUAAUUUUUUAGUUUAUUAAGGUUAAUUUUAAUCAUCUUGUAUGAUCUUCUCAAUCUCUUUA